AUGCAUGCGGCGGCAGCAGAGGCACAUGGGCGCCCAUCAUUCCUCCUCUGUUGCUGCUACCUACUUCCUGCUAUGAUUGUAUCUCUGCUCACCGUAGCACCAGAUGGACAAAGAAAGUGUGAUGGGGAGAGACAUCCAACAACCAACGCCGUAGCAAGCUCACGCCUCACCAUCUUGCAUACCCCACCUGCUAACGCGAGUCAGCUAGGCUGGGCGGUCUGGAGAGGGCCUCGAAAGCUUAGCAGCCCCCCGAAUCCCCGAUUGACGUUUGAGCUAACGCCGUACGGAGGUGCACUGCGCUGCAGACUGUGCAGCUCCGUAGUAGUUUUGUUUUGUUUCCCCCUCCUCUGCAGCCAAGCAAAGCUCUGGGAGAGCUUCACGAGCUCAAGCUCUCAGGUUGUUUUGGAGCUGGUGUGUGCCCUCGUUGCCCCAGGCUGGGUCCAGGCGAAGCCCUAUGCAAGCCUCUUCAGUGGGCUCACUUCAGGCCAUGUGUACCUAAAUACCAGCAGCGUCUCCAGCGUGUUCUUUGUCGCCGUGGCAUGCUGCAAACCCCUCCCUGUGGCUUCAACUGGACCGGCCUGA